GUAUUUUUUUUGUACAAAACAUUCAAAAUCAUAAAUAAAUUCUAGCCAAAUUACUUGGCCACCCAAAAACGAAGUCGUUCGAAGAGUUCAAGGCUUGAAGCAAGAUGCUGGCACGUCUAACACGGGUACUGCCCGCCCAUUCGACCCAUUUGCUGAAGCAGUCGCCACAGCGUCUCUGGAGCUCCACCUCCGGUCGCACGUUGCUCCAACAGCAGCCGAAAUAUGAGGCCAAGUCGUUGCUGUUGACGCUUCGAUCCAAGCCACCGAGCCUGAAUACCCGGGACUAUUCGCGUGACUCGCGGGGCAGGGACCGCACGCACUUGGGUCAGCGCACUGGACCGUCGAUGAAGGAGCGCCUGAUGGGACCGCCCGGAGAGAAUGCCUACUCCAUGGGCAAGGGUGCGGCUGGAGGGGCGGCACUGAUGGGACUGGUGGCGCUUUGCUACUACGGAUUGGGUCUGAGCAAGCAGCCUAGCUUGUACGAUCACUCGGUGCUGUGGCCGCAAUAUGUGAAGGAUCGCAUCCAUGCCACCUACGCCUACUUUGGAGCUUCGUGCGCCAUCACGGCGGCUUCGGCAUUGGCCGUAUUUCAAUCGGAUGCACUGCUCGGACUGCUCAUGCGCAGCGGCUGGGUGUCGACGUUGGUCACACUUGGCGUGGUGAUGGCCACGGGCGCCGUCGCCCAAGCCAUUGACUACGAGCCGGGCUUUGGGGCCAAGCAACUCGCCUGGGCCUUGCAUUGUGGUGUGCUGGGCGCCGUCAUAGCACCCAUGUGCUUCCUGGGUGGCCCGAUACUGACGCGGGCCCUGCUCUAUACGGGCGGAAUUGUGGGCGCCCUUUCUACGGUGGCGGCCUGUGCGCCCAGCGAUAAGUUCCUUUAUAUGGGUGGACCACUUGCUAUUGGUCUGGGCGUUAUAUUUGCCUCGUCCCUGGCCUCCAUGUGGCUGCCGCCCACAACGGCUGUGGGCGCGGGUCUGGCCUCAAUGUCGCUCUACGGCGGUCUCAUACUUUUCAGCGGUUUUCUGCUCUACGACACCCAGAGAAUUGUGCACAACGCCGAGCUCCAUCCGGAGCAUAGUAAAGUCAGAUACGAUCCGAUCAAUAAUGCUCUUGCUAUUUAUAUGGACGCUCUGAACAUUUUCAUACGCAUUGCCAUCAUUUUGGCUGGCGACCAGCAGGGCAGAAAGAGGUAACUGCAUUAGUCUUGAAACGGCCAGAUAACACUGAAGAAAAUGGGAAAAAUUAUUCACUUUGGUCAAUUCAGAAUUGUCUUUCUACAUCUUUGAGUAUCAAUUGUUAUAUCAUGGAGAACAUUUUACAUAAUUUGGCUUUUAAUUCGACAAAUAAAUUGAAAAUAGUUUCGUAAAAACAUCCA